AUUGCACAGUUGAAUGGAUCAACAGGAGUAUAAAGGAUUAUGGUUUAACUGUUGAUAACAUGUCUUGCCACGAAGAAAGGUCGACUCUACUCACGGCGGAUCUUUAGUCCUAGAUAACUCAAAGCGUUCGAAAUAAUAUCUUUCAGCGGUACCUACCUAGGCAAGGCGAGAACUUUCCCAACAAAGCCGGUUUCAUAAACUUGUAUAUAACGAUUCUCAGCUCUUGCGUUCAAACAAGGCAUCUAACUUAGUACCUGUUUAGCCGUGGACUGGCGUAGGAUAAUAAGUAGCAUCCACAAAAGCAAUCAGCUGCAUAGUGAAGAUAUCAAUCAAGGAGCAAAUGUCAUCUUCAUCCCUCCCUCCGCGAGAACCAAGUUCCCGUACCCCCCGACCCACCGACGAGGACUCCCCUCGCCGAAAGCGGUAUUCGCUUAUCGUCGAGAUCCUCGACGACGAUGGCUUCGCGGUGCUUGGGCGGCAACAGCAGCAGCAGCGUGACGGGAUAGACCGACCGCCGUCACGUAGAUUGAGCCGGGGGACGUCUACCAGCCGCCACCGACACCACGAGGGUUCUUUACACCAGCAGCAUAUCCCAGACGCCACUAGACAGUCCCGCAGGAUGUCGACGCCGUCGAACGCGGCGAACAUCGGAUCGAGGGACCACGUAUCGGAACGGUCCCGACACGCAGGCACUACCACUAGAUCACGUACCGCCCACGCCAGCGAGCACGGCGGCGAGGAUGACGAAGAAGUCUACGAAACCGCGGCCGAAGCCAACCACAACCGCCAGCACGCGGUAUCUUCCGGACAGCAGCAGCAGCAGCAGCAGCAACAGGCAAGGCAAGAAGAUGAUGAUGAUGAUGACACCGAGCUGCACUCUCCCCCCCGCCCCCCAGCCCAGCGCCGUCGGCGCAGCUCCACGCACACCAGCAGCACGCAGACGCGCAUCCGGGGGUACGGCCCGCGCAGCGUCUUCACGUCGCCGUACAACCUGUUCCGGCCGCGGCACGCGGACCCAAACGACCUGGACGCCAUGGAGGCCGCGUACCGGGACGGAUUGCGGCUCGGCCAACGGCUAGCCGGGCUUCCGGACCCGCUCCUCCACGCCGCCCAUCGCGUCUAUCACCCGCGCGCUGCUGCUGCUGCUGCUGCUGCUGUCGCUGAUAACGGGCGGCAGCGGCGCGAGGACCCCGAGCAGCGUGGGUGGCGCUGUCUACUCCCGCCGUGGCCUUUCAGGCACGCGCGGCGGGGUCCGCCGGCGGGGGAAGAGGUAGCGCGAAGUAGUAGUCGAGCUCGGGGAUUGUUGAGGUGA